AUGACUUCCAAACGAAGCUCGCGCGCGUACGUCGACGAGGCGCAGUAUCAAGCCGACGGCUACCCAAAGGCCGCCGUGACGUCGUGCUACGGCUCGCGACGCGACUCUCGCGGAUCCAUCAAGGACGACCUCGUCCAGCUCGUCCAGGAGAUGGACGACGGCCAGCGCAACGGCGUGCCCCCGAGGGACGCCUCGUCGGUCGCCCGCUCCGUCGCGAGGGCCGUCGCCGCGAGGGACGCCAUGGCGGCGACGACGAGAAUGGUCGAAAAGACAGCGGUCGCCCCGCCGGCGACCAUGUCCGACGAGUACCCCGCGGCGCCCGUCGUCGGACGGCCCGUCAACUUUGGCGUCGUCGUGCCGGGCGUCUACCGGAGCAGCUAUCCCAAGCCCGACGACUACGACUUCCUGCGCAGCUUGCGGCUCAAGACGGUCGUCACGCUCGUCAAAAAGGACGAGCUCGAUCACGCCUUGGCCCUGUUCACGUCGGACAACGGCAUCCGCCAGGUCGUCUUCAACAUGAAGGGCACCAAGAAGGAGGCCAUCCCCGCCACCCUCAUGGCCGCCAUCCUCCAGCUCGUCAUGGACAAGGGCAACUACCCGCUCCUCGUGCACUGCAAUCACGGCAAGCAUCGCACCGGCUGCGUCGUGGCCGUCGUGAGGAAGUUUUCCGGCUGGGACCUCGAUCACGUCCUCGACGAGUACCGGACCUUUGCCUCGCCCAAGGUCCGCGAGUGCGACCUCGACUACAUCAACACCUUUGAGUCGUCGGCCCUCGCCCUCGCCCGCAAGCCGGCACGCUUCACGCCGCAGCAGACGCGCACUUUUUUUCGCGCCCUGCUCUUCUCGACCUUGAUCAUGGUCCUGUGGCUCGUUUCCGGCACGCACAUGACGUACGUCGCCGCCCACUGA